UUUUUAGCCGGUUCGUUCUUGACCGACACAUCACUAUAGUGGCACUUCCGGUCUCAGACUCGGCUGCAACCGCUGUGCAGAAGGUGUAGAGAGGAUGUAGCACAGAGACGUGGCUAGCGAGCUACUAGUUACAGUAGGACGUCCGAAAAUACACAAACAUCGUGAUAAGGAUCUGUUCUACUACAUGUUCAAGGAGUGUCUGUGUCUCUUUCACCAGACAGAUUAUUUCUGCCAGAUGUGACGCAUCAGCUUAACAUCAAGAGCUGAAUGGAAGCAUUUAAGGCCCUUUGUGAGUGAGGAGGUUGUGGAUCCCAGUAAUGUACCAUGGGGUACGACGUUACGAGGUUCCAAGGGGAGGUGGAUGAAGACCUGCUGUGCCCUAUAUGUAGUGGAGUGCUCGAAGAACCAGUGCAGGCUCCACACUGUGAGCAUGCCUUCUGCAAUGCCUGUAUAACACAGUGGUUCGCCCAGCAGCAGAUAUGUCCUGUUGACCGCACGGUAGUGACGCUCGCUCACCUCCGGCCCGUGCCACGCAUCAUGCGCAACAUGCUGUCCAAGCUUCAGAUCAGCUGUGAUAAUGCGGGUUUUGGUUGCAUAGCCACUCUGCGGCUGGACCAGCUGCAGUCACACCUCAAGGACUGUGAGCACAACCCCAAAAGGCCCGUCAACUGUGAGGAGGGAUGUGGGCUUGAGAUGCCCAAAGACGAGGUGCCCAACCAUAACUGCAUCAAACACUUGCGGAGCGUCGUCCAGCAGCAACAGACUAAGAUUUCUGAUCUGGAGAAAACUGUUGCAGAGCAUAAACACCAGUUGGGGGAACAAAAACGGGACAUUCAGCUGCUAAAAGCCUACAUGAGAGCAAUCCGCAGUGCUAACCCCAACCUGCAAAACCUCGAGGAGAGCAUAGAGUACAAUGAGAUCUUGGAGUGGGUGAACUCCAUGCAGCCUGCCAGGGUGACACGCUGGGGCGGGAUGAUCUCCACUCCCGAUGCUGUGCUCCAGGCCGUCAUCAAACGCUCCCUCAUCGACAGCGGCUGUCCUCUCUCAAUUGUGAACGACCUGAUCGAGAACGCCCACGAGCGCAACUGGCCUCAGGGACUGGCCACGCUCGAGACGCGGCAGAUGAACAGGCGCUACUAUGAGAACUACGUUGCCAAGCGUAUCCCUGGCAAGCAGGCAGUGGUGGUGAUGGCCUGUGAGAAUCAGCAUAUGGGGGAGGACAUGAUCCUGGAGCCCGGCCUCGUCAUGAUCUUUGCGCACGGAGUGGAGGAGAUCUUAUAACUUUACAGCUAACUGAGCUGAUCCAGAGACAAGAAGGGACGUUUUGCCUGGGAGGGGGUUUGCCGUGACGAGUAGAGAUUUCCUCGUUGGAGUGAAACCUUCAGAUUAAAUCUGGCUUAUUUAAAAUAAAAUCGUAUAAGAGGCUCACUCCUAAGCUUGAUACCUAUGCCUUAAAGUAAGGACAAAUAUAUUAUGAACCUGGCUAAUAGAAACUUAAUCUGACUGAUAUCUGAGAUAAAAGGUGAGAUGUUUACAAGGUUUAUAUUUUGGUGCAUUAUAUGAUCUGAUUGUUCUGCUCCAUGUCCUAAUGUAGUAAUAAGCUUGAACCCCCGUUUGAUGCCCUCAGUUGUAUAAAUGCUUGUAAAUACAAAUACUAUAUUGAAUUAUAAAUGUCAUUCUCUUAUUCCUCUCACUGUAAUUAGAUUGUGAUUUUUUGUUUAUCUCAAUUCUGUUUAGUCCAGCUUGUGUUGCCGUCUGCAGGGACGUCGACUCUGAAGAUUUUUCGCGUGCUUGCUUUAGUGUUUAGUUUCCUGUGAAUAUUUCACAAGACGUUGUGCUUCUGAGUUUUGAUUGUCUAAACCUUCUGUGCCAUUUGUUUUAUUUAUUGUGUUGCCUUUUACACAGACAUGCUUGAAGAUGUUACCAUUUGAUGUAUGGAAAUCUGCCUUUUUCGGUGCAUUUGAAGUUCAUUGCCGGAAGAAAAAUGUUUUUUGUGUUUUCUUUGUUGCCUCAGUUGUAAAUAGUCUGUAUGUUGGGUCCAGUUGAAGUGUUAAAUUUGAAGUUUAACAUUUGGGUUUAACAAUGUAAAAUGAGUUUUAUUUGACAAAUCAUAAUGGUUCACUUGAUAUUUUAGGUGAUCCUUAGGUCUUUUUCUGAUGAUUGAAAUAUAGACAUUGAUCUUCUCAUUCUUCACAGUUAGCAAACAUUUGUUCACUGACAUUUCACCACAAAUCAAAGCUUGGAGAUUGUAAAAAUAUUUGUAAAGUCACUCUUAUGGCUUUUGAGAGGUAAAAUGUUUCACCAUUAGUCACUUAUUGCUGUAGUAAGACAAACAAGACUACAAACGUCCGGUAUAAAAGCCCUCAGAAGUGCAGUAAACAUAAGUUUGGAUUGUGCCCUUUAUUAUUUUCCCUCUUAAUGUUUUUGUUUGUUUUGUGUCUGUUAUGUACCGUGUUGUACAGACAAGAAAGUAAUAAAAAAUGUCAAACUUCAUGACAAAA